UCUGGGCUCGGUGGCUGUGCCACAACACGGUCCAUUAACCCGCUGUCCUACACCAUGCAGGUCCUUACCUCGUUCAUCACCCUCGUCAUGGUUCCAGCCUUUCUGAAUGAUACCUGGAUUAUCGCCACGGAAAGUACGCCCCUUCGCCACGCGCACGGCUCGAGAGAUUGGCAGUCAUCAACAGCAAACGCGCCGCUAAACCUUGUGGCGCUGUCAUCUGAUCCGUGGAUCCCAAGUUCAUCGUGGGAAGCACCAUCGUCAUCGACGUCAACAGAUGCGCCAGUCAUAAAAGAACAACAUCCGGCGACUGCACUCUGUGGGCUCGGUGGCUGUGCCACAACACGGUCCAUUAACCCGCUGUCCUACACCAUGCAGGUUGGUCUGUCAUACGUUAGCUCGUCUAAGAAAUCGAGCAACUAUCUUUUAGUACAGCUGCCGAGCCUGCAGUGUUGCAUUGCCGUUGCUAGAGAAUGUGCUCAAGUCAUCCGCCGCUUACUGAUGUUGUCUGGAGAUGUAGAGACUAAUCCGGGUCCUGUUACCUCAAGUGAAAUCCUAAGCGAAUUGCAGAAGCUGUUUGCAGGUCAAACUAAACUCAUCGAGGAGGUAAAGGGCCUAAAAAGUCAGCUGCAGAUAACCGAUAGGACCAUAUCGGACCUAGGCAGGCGGAUGACUGACCUGGAGGGUCAUUACCAAGGCCUUUCCACGCUACGUGCUGAGGUGGAGGCCACGGUGACCAGGGCCGCCCACGCGGCUCGUCAGGUCUCUGACCUUGAGGCCCGUGUGGACGACACUGAAAAUCGAUCCCGACGAAAGAAUCUAAUAUUUUAUGGUGUGCCCGAUCCCUCACCUACAGAGACUUUUGCCCAGUCCGAACAAAGAAUCAUUCGCCUUUGCUCUGAACUUUUUGAUGUAACAUUAGACUCGAAAGAAAUAGAACGUGCCCACCGCCUCGGGCGUCAUUCGGUCGAGCGUCCACGACCAAUAAUAGUGAACUUCUCCUUUUUCAAAACUAAAGAAGCCAUCCUUUCGAAUGGCCGUAAACUGAAAGGUACUAACUUCAGCAUGGGCCAAGAUUUUUCCCGCUCAGUUCGCAACGCACGGAAGCACCUCCUUGCCUUUGCUAGAAGCAAAUCUGCUCCCUUUUCUUUGCGCUACAAAACACUGCUCAUCGGCGCAAAACGUUACGUUUUCGAUGAAUCAUGCCAAUCAGUCAAAGAAAUCUCAUAGCAAUCGCACCGUCAACAGAAAAUUACAACACGCCCCCAACGUGCCCCUCGAACUAAUCUUUCUUUUUCGGUGAUCUUUACUAACAUACGCAGCUUUCUUCCGAAGCGCGAACUCGUAUCUGGCGUUGUAUUAUCUUCUGAAUGCAAUGUACUUGUGCUCACUGAAACUUGGCUAACCAGUGAUGUUACUGACUCCGAAGUUUUAGCGUACCUGCCAAAUUUCCGUCUCUUUCGUAAUGAUCGCAAAGGUACUCGCGGGGGAGGUGUUCUCAUUGCCGUAAACCAUAAAUACCAUGCACUACUAUUAACACUUCAUCCGAUCUGGAAAUACUCUGGCUCAUCUGUCAUGCCGCUCCUGAAACAGUGCUGUUGGGUGUCUGUUACAGGCCGCCGCAUAAUAGUCCCGAUUUUCCGGGGCAGCUUAACGAUAUGCUGUGCCACCUCAAUGCAAAACAUCCCAAUGCUCACAUACUUCUUUUUGGCGAUUUUAAUUACCAUAUGUCGAUUGGGCUAACCUGG